AUGGUUUGGGUAGUGAGAUCGUUGAGAAGAAUCUCAACUACAUCUGUGAGAUAUAGAGGGCAAAAUAUGACAGAAAAAAUAGUCCAAAAGUACGCUGUUGGUAUUCCUGAGGGAAAAAAAGUCUUUAGCGGGGAUUACGUUACGAUCCAGCCAGCUCAUUGUAUGUCUCAUGAUAAUUCAUGGCCAGUUGCAACGAAAUUUAUGGGUUUGGGUGCUAAGAAGGUCAAUGAUCCCAAACAAAUAGUCUGUACUUUGGACCACGACGUGCAAAACAAGUCUGAGAAAAAUUUAGAAAAAUACAGGAACAUAGAGAAGUUUGCAAAGGACCAAGGAAUAGACUUUUAUCCUGCGGGAAGAGGCAUUGGCCAUCAGAUUAUGAUUGAAGAAGGUUAUGCAUUUCCUUUAAAUUUAACUGUUGCUUCAGAUUCCCACUCAAAUACCUAUGGUGGUGUUGGAAGUUUAGGUACGCCUUUAGUCAGAACUGAUGCAGCUGCCAUCUGGGCAACAGGAAAAACAUGGUGGCAGGUUCCUCCUGUAGCGAAGGUUGAGUUAAUCAACAAGUUACCGAAAGGUGUCACAGGCAAAGACGUCAUUGUUGCAUUAUGUGGUAUUUUCAACCAUGAUGAGGUGCUAAACCAUGCUAUUGAAUUCACGGGAAAUGGUAUUGAAUAUUUGCCGGUUGAUUAUAGAUUGACAAUAGCCAAUAUGACAACUGAAUGGGGCGCCUUGUCAGGUUUAUUUCCUGUAGACGACGUUUUGAUUGAUUUUUAUAGACACAGAAUUCAAAAAUUGCCUCAACCACAUCCAAGGGUAAAUAAUGAAUCAGUUAAGGAGCUUGCAGAAAAUAAAGUUCAUUCAGACUCUGAUGCGAUCUAUGCAAAGCAUCUCGUUGUGGAUCUUUCUUCCUUAUCGCCAUCUGUUUCUGGUCCUAAUUCCGUCAAGGUCUCUAGUUUCUUGCAUGAUCUUUCUAAGAAAGAUAUUAAGAUCGAUAAGGCAUACUUAGUUUCUUGUACAAAUUCAAGGUUGAGUGAUAUAAAAGCUGCUGCAAAUAUAAUAAGAGGACACAAGGUCGCUGAUAAUGUUGAAUUUUAUGUGGCCGCAGCAUCCUCCGAUGUGCAAAAGGAUGCUGAAGCGAGCGGUGCUUGGCAAGACAUCAUUGACGCAGGUGCCAUUCCUUUACCAGCCGGAUGCGGCCCAUGUAUUGGUUUAGGAACAGGUUUAUUGAAAGACGGACAAGUUGGAAUUUCAGCUACUAAUCGUAAUUUCAAGGGUAGGAUGGGCUCUAAAGAUGCAUUAGCUUACUUAGCAUCACCUGAAGUUGUUGCUUCCUCUGCAGUUUUGGGAAAAAUUGGGGGACCAGAGGAAAUAGAAGGAAAGCCAGUCCCAGAUUCACAUGAAAUUGUAAAAUCCAUUACCGUUCCUGAGACCAAUUCAGCUGAAACUUCUGCAGAUCAGGGCUCUGUUGAAGUCUUGGAGGGAUUUCCAAAGUCUAUUGAAGGUGAGCUCAUAUUGUGUAACGCAGACAAUAUUAACACUGAUGGGAUUUACCCAGGUAAAUACACCUAUCAAGAUGACGUACCAAAGGCUAAAAUGGCUGAGGUUUGUAUGGAGAAUUAUGACUCUGAAUUUAAUGCUAAGACAAAAUCAUCCGAUAUUAUAGUGUCAGGAUUCAACUUCGGAACAGGCUCUUCUCGUGAACAGGCGGCUACUGCUAUCCUUGCUAAAGGAAUGAAGUUGGUCGUUGCUGGAUCAUUUGGUAACAUAUUUUCUAGAAACUCGAUUAACAACGCUUUGUUAACUCUUGAGAUUCCAAAGUUGAUAAAUAUUUUAAGAGAGAAAUACGCCGAUUCUGAUGAAUUGACCAUUAGGACUGGUUGGUAUUUAAGAUGGGAUGUGACAAAAGCUCAGGUCUAUGUAAUUGACUCUGAUGAAAACUUGGUCUUAUCACAAAAAGUUGGCGAAUUGGGUACUAAUUUACAGGAUAUCAUCGUAAAAGGUGGUUUAGAAGGCUGGGUAAAGGCUCAAUUACAAGCAUCAUCUUAG